AUGGACUUUGAAAGAAGGCCGAAUCCAAAGGGUUGGACUCCCCCAAAGGCUCCUUAUAAUCCCUAUGAUCCAACAGAUUUAAGACCCCCAGAAGGGUACCCCUCGGAGUUUAAGAUCCCCGGCAACCAACCAUCAGGGUUCUCAUCUGUACCUAGAAACCCUACACAAUACAAGAAGGUUAAUGAGACCAUGAAAAGAUUGAACUACACCCCUCGUCCUGCUUCGGAGUUGUAUCCUGGUCAGUAUAAGGUUUUAAGAAGAGUUGACACCAACCAAAGAUUAAACACUGGUACUCGGUGGUUUGGUAUGUUUGUUGUGGGUACCAUUAUAGUUUAUGGGUCAUUUUUCAUUCGUUGGAAUGAUGGUAGUGAAAAUGUUAUGUCCAGCUUUUAUAGAGCUCGAUUAAAAUUGGAAGAGAAGAUGGGUAAGAAGCUUUCUGAUCAAGAUUAUGAAGAUUUGUAUUAUCCUAAAGAGUCCAAGAUGAUCAUUAAACCGGUAAAGGAUUCAGAAUAUAUUCCUGAUGAACUUAGACGAACCACAGAAAGUGCUUUUGCCUUGAAUACCCCUUCGGAAAGACACGUUUUGGAAGCCACUAGACGUUUACAAGACCAAGAAGAAGCCAUGUUAAGAGAAUUGGAUGACCACGAGAAGUUUGCCAAAACUUUAGUUUUCCACGAAGAAGAGCAAAAUGAUGUGAAGCCUGUUUCUUCCAAAAGUAGUUGGUGGAAAUGGAGUUAG